CCCUUGCACACGAAAAAUCGCACAUAUUGUCAAAGAGCAGGCGCGCGGGGGUGUAGUACAGUACCUAUAGUAGUUCAUUCCGCUUACCAAGUUUAGCGGUUUUCUACCCCAAUUUCUUACCCCACCUCGUUGCAUUACCAUCCUGAUUCCUAUGAUAACAUCGAUACGACUAAUAAGACUUACGCAAUUUUGUUAAGAGCACGAACGACAAACGAAUACGUCGAAGUCAUUUCAGAGGUUCCGUCGAGCCUUCCGACACAAUAGCUCACUGUACCUCUUAACGAUAACCCUAUUCGAAUCGCGCCACCAUGAACGGACUAGCCCGCAAGUAUGAAAUCAAUGCUGAUAUGGGCGAAGGCUUCGGUCGCUGGAAAAUGGGCCCGGACGAGGAAUUGAUGCCAUUCAUUGACGCAGCCAACAUUGCCUGUGGCUUUCACGCCGGUGAUCCCACCAUCAUGCUCAAGACCAUCCGUCUCUGCAAGCAGUUCGGCGUCAAGGCAGGCGCCCACCCGGGCCAGCAAGAUUUGUUCGGCUUCGGUCGCCGGAAGAUCGAGGUCGACCCCAAGGAUAUGUACGCCCUCGUGCUCUACCAGGUCGGCGCUCUCAAGGCCAUGCUGGACGCUGAGAGCGUGGCCCUCUCGCAUAUUAAGCCGCAUGGGGAGCUCUUCUUUUACAUGCAGCGCGACGAGACGAUCAUGAGGGCGGUGCUGGAAGCCUGCGCGAUUUUCCGGGUCCCCGUCUACGCUUCCCAGAACGCACAACAAGCGGCGAUGUGCGAGGAGUUAGGCAUUCCAUUUCAGGGGGAGGUGUAUGUAGACAUCGAUUACUCGCCGGACGGUCGACUGCUCCCGGUUGCACAGUCCAAAGUCGCGACGCCUGAGCUCUGCUAUGAGCGCGCUCUGUCGGCCGCGAUGACGGAUACUGGCAAGGAUAUUGAUGGAAAUGAAUUUCGAUUUGGGUUCGAUGGGAGGCCGUUCAGUAUCUGCGUUCAUUCAGACAUACCUACUGUUCUGCAGAAUGUCACGGGAGCGCGCAAGGCAGUCGACGAGGCGAACACCCAACGAUUCCCACAGGAACCAGGGGAUUCCUGA